AUGGGUUUCUGUUGUUGGCGAGGUAUUGGCCAUCCCAGGAAUCCUCUCCCUCUUCUGUGCCUUUGGUUUCUCCUCUUCUGCUCGACCCACACGGGAUUCCUAGCCCAAGGUAAGCGUCUUCUUAUGCCCUUUGGGUUGCAUUGUGAGAGUUCCUUCCUGAAGCGUUGGCUCUCUCCGCAACUUGCAGGAAGGCCCACGCCCGAGCUUCUACAGAAAGCUGAGGUUAGCUGUUCCCUUGUGCGCCUCCCUCUUCCCUUCUCCCUGUGAGGGCUUAAACGACUGACGAUUUUCCCGUUCUCUGGUUAGAAGCAUAUUGGAGGGAAGGUGACGGUGAGGGCAUUGAUCGGGUCCAGGCCGCCGCUGUGCGAGAGAAGGUGCCGCGCCUGCGGCCACUGCGAGCCGGUCCAGGUACCGGCAGUGCCACAGGCCAGGGCCGGCGGUGGACGCUUCCCCGCUGCCCUGGCUUACAGAGGUGACGACGGCAGCUCCAACUACAAGCCCGUCAGCUGGAAGUGCAAGUGCGGGAACCAGAUCAUGAAUCCCUGA